AUGAGCAUUAGGUGUGCAAUUUGGGCUGGUUGGCUUGAAGAAAACAAAAAAAUUAAGGGCGAUGGUGCGCGAUGCUUGACUCUUCACCGCAAAGGAGCUUCUUUUAAAGUCGAGGAAAGGUCACUACAAACUGGGUAAGUUGGUAGGCCGUAAUUUAAGUCUAUAAACACGGACCUGGUAUGUUAACUCACGGUUACGGACUCCCGGGUCAAGGCCCUUCAUUGUAGCUUCUCGCUUCUAGACUCUCCAAAACAAGAGGUCACGUCGCAGCGACCUAGCAAGGUUUGAAUUUCCCGGCAAACGUUUCGGACUCAGCGGUACCCUUCUCCGCAUUUUCACUCCAUUUAGUUGUUUGCUUAUGUAAGUUACAAUUGUAAAUUGUCGUCGUUCAUUCUUUCUUGCCUCGGCUGUACAUCGAUUCUUCUGGUUUGCUUCCCUAAUUGUUGGUGAUCCAAUAAUGUCAUCUAAACUACUUCGAAUUGCUGCCCAUGAAGCCGAAAACCUAACCGAAGUCUCACUACGGGAAGACUUCGAGCUUCUAAAGCAUAAGCUGAAACCCCCAUUCCCUCUAACAAUCCCUUCUCCAGAAGAGUAUUUGCAGCUCAAUCGGGCAAUUCUUUUUGGACUGCUAACUGAGCCCCAACUCGCGAAAACCCAUUCUACUCAUUUACAUGCCAUUGUCACUGAUGGGUAUGGCUUUUUCGUUAGCUUGGUUCUGAAGCUGGUAACUGAGUCCUAUCCGAAACUUCUCGAACCCGUCAGGGUUCAGUUGAUAUGGGUUACUUCGAAGUUGGUUGAUGUUUCGGCGACUGGGGUUGAUAAUUUGUUAAUCUCCCUGUUGAGACAGAUAGUUGGUGGGGAUUUUAGUGACGUAAACCUGUGGUUGGCUAUGGAGAUGCUUAAGGUUUUGUUGGGGCAUUGGGAUUGGUUACUAGGUGAACCAUUACUUUUAACGAGUGCCUUGUUUACAUAUCUUCGAUUACUAGCUGAUCAUUAUAGGUUGUCGGGUCAUCCAAAAUUAGAGAAAUUGAAGCGUAUGGAGAUUGAUUUUUGUGUUAAAGUUUUGAGGGAACACUUCAAUUUGUGCUUACAGAUUGGAAGGGAUUUGAUUCGUCUUCUGCAGGACUUGUUUAAUAUUCCUGAGUUCCGGUCAAUAUGGAAGGACUUAUUGUUGAAUCCAGAUGAAUUUAGGGUUCCAGGAUUUUCGGAUAUCACUCACCUGUACCACUUAAGGACUAAAAGUAGGUAUCUUUUACUCCGGAUCACACCAGAGAUGGAGACCCAACUACGGUUCUUACUAACACAUGUGAGAUGGGGGAGUCAGAAGCGGUACCAGGCAUGGUUUGCCAGAAAGUUCUUCUGUGGGCCUGAGAGAGAGACUCUUAUACCUGACCUUAUUCGGUUUAUAUGUUGUGCCCACCACCCUCCUAAUGAAAUUAUCCAAUCAAAUAUCAUUCAAAGAUGGGCCAUCAUUGGUUGGCUACUAAAAUGUUGUAGGAAGAAUCAUGUGGAAGCGAAUGCUAAGUUGGCUUUGUUCUUUGACUGGCUGUUCUUUGAUGAGAGAGUAGAUAAUAUUAUGAAUAUUGAACCAGGGAUCCUAUUGAUGGUAAACUCUAUACCCAAAUACGUUGACAUGACUCACACCCUUCUUGAAUUUCUGUUCCUGCUUGUGGAUAACUAUGAUGUUGCACGGAAGGAUGUCAUAGUUCGUGGUGUCUCAAUAGCUUUUGGUACACUUAUCAGGAAAGGUGUUGUCCACUCUUUGGAUACUUUAAUCUCUUGCAAUGCACUUUCUCCCCUUCUCAAAGAGAGGCUUGUAAGUAUCUUCCCUAGUUCUAAAUCGGGGGCUUCUAAAGUAUUAAAUCCAGCUUGCCUUCCUCAUUGUUCCCUUUCUCCCUUGACUUUGCCAAGCCCACCUAACACAAGAAGCCAGCUAUCAUUGUCAAAGGAGCUGAAGACACCUGCAUCCACUAGAGAAGAAGGAUUGAAGAACAAAGUUAUUGACACUUACAGUUGUGUUUUAGAUAGUCCACUUUCAAAUUGCAGCACAGUUGUUAAAAGUAGUGAAAGUCAGGAUGACAUCAUAUUUAACUUGGUUCAGAAUCUUGGGGAGUCCAUUAAACAGUCAUACAAAGUUGGCCUUCAAACUCUGGAUAAGAUACUUGUUUUAUUUGCAAAUCUUGGUAGUGAAAUGCUUGAUAUUGCCUUCAGGUGUGAUUCUGUUCUUACUGUGGAAGCAUUAGCAUGUCGAAUAACUGAUGCAUUCAAACUGCAGAAUUAUAAAAUGUUUUCUCCUCUUGAUUCUCCAUCAAUUGAUUCCAAUUUCGAUGAUGAAAUCGAAUCUGCAACAGCAGUAGUUAUUCGUAACUAUAUAUUUUCUCAGAAUGAAAGGAUGCAAAAAAUGAUUUUGUUUUGGUUAGAAAAUGAUUGCCCUGUGGGGGCACGCUUACUAUCUUAUGCAUCAAGACUUGCUUAUGAGGUGAACUUGAUGGGUUGCACAAUGGAUCCAAUAGAUACAAAUAAUUCUGUUGAUUUAAGUGGUCCAGAGAUAUCUUUAUUGAAAUGUCAUGUUGAUGAGUAUGUUUCUUUUAGGAGCAGUGUACAAAAAGGCUCUCUUGAUGCCCCUGUUUCUAUCUCUACAGUGAAUGGUGGAUUAGUUACUAGUUUGGUAGAAGAUGCUUUUUCUGCAUACAGAUGUUACCUUGUGUUUUCGCAAAACAUUUUACAUAAAGAAGAAGAUGGAGCUCUAGGUAAACUCCUUUUUUCUGACUUAAAAUCCUGUUGUGGGUGGAUAAGGAAACGAUUAAAAUCCCUUUUCUGCAGUACGUUUUCAUAUCUUUCUGAUUUAUCUACUGGUGAGGAAGAUAUCAUUCAAUUACUUGUGGAGCAGUUGGAUCAUGUUGAUGUGGUUGGCAUGCAAUUUGAUCUUGGAUUGAAGAAAUUCUUUAUGUUUGGACUGGACAGUAAUAUUAUAUCUCACCUUGUCAAGAGCUCUCUAAGUUGGGGAUUUGUGGAACAGCAGAAACUUUGGCUUUUGAUGAGAUCAGAAUUUGCAGUCUCCAAGCUGCAGGUCAAUAAAGUUGUUUUGGACUUUUUCUCUUCAGGUGUCUUAGAUCCAAAAGUACAUUCCAUUGCAGCAGGAGGCCUUCUCAUGCUAUGUAGUUGUUGUGCUCCAACACCUGAGCUUGUUGGCACAAUGAUUUCAUUGCCUAAUGGUAUUUUCCAGGACUUUGCAGCUACAGUUUUGGCCAGUUGGGCUGUCUCAAAUGCCAUGAUGCUGUUUGAUAGUUUAGCCAAUUGUUUGGAGAAAGCCAAUAACAAGAAUGAAGAUGUUGCUCAUAUUAAUUCAGGUGGGAUGAGAAUAAACCAUUCUUCCAUUCUGAAGUUGUUGAGUUUUCUCAAUAAAGAGGGGAUGAGAAGCAUAAGUUUUCCAAACAAGGAGUUUGUGAGCAUUCCAGAAAUAAGAGCAAUAGUAACAGCUGCAUCAGUGGCACAGGAAAGUGGAUAAUGCUUCUACCAGAAAAAGGGAUAUCUACUAUUUUCUGCAUUUGAUAAAGCUCUUUGGAUUGCUGUUGCUCACCAAAUACAUAUUCUUAAAAGCAUUUGGCAGGAGUGUAAUUAUUCUUAUGCAAUAUGAUUUAGAGAGGAUGUCUCUGGGGAGGCUUUUUCUUGUGCAAUUAGAGAAACUUUCAUCGACUCUAAGAAAUGUUAUGCCUUCUCUUUCUAGGUCAAACCACUCCUAACUGUCUCACAUGUUUUCCAGUGUCAACACUGUCAACUCAGAAUCUCAGAUCUUGUGAGUAUAGUUCGUCACACAAGAAAGUCUUGAUAAUUCUUGGUAAGUACAUUUCUGCCAAGGAAACCUAACUUUCCUGAGAGGAAAGAGGAGAGAGAAAUUGGAGAAAGGGGAAAUCAAAGCUAGAGAGGAAAAUAUGUAAGAGAGGUCAAUAACAUGUUCAUCUUUGUUGGUACAAUCAACACUUCAUCCCUGUUGACAAGGGCAAGUGCUCUCUUUCUGUUUGGUUGAAGAAGACCAGAAGUGUUCUCAUGGACUCUAGAACUAUUUGUAAGGAUAUCAUCACUGGUUUGGCAGCCAUAGUGAGUUCUUUGGGUCUUUGAUCUUCAUUUGCUUGCAAGUAACUGGAAUCUUUCUUUCAGUAUUUCCUGUCCAAGAAUGUUGAGCAGAAUGGAAGUAUUGACUCCUCCCAAGGCUGGAACAACAGUAGACUUUAACAGAACCGUGGACUUAAAUCUUGAUGAUUCAGCUCUCCUAGAUUUCUUCACCUAUUAAGAAGUCUGAAGUAAUUUUUCUAAGGUCAAAGAGCUUGAUCGACUUUCACAGAAUCGUGGACUUAAAUCUUGAUGAUCCAGCUCUCUUAGAUUUCUUCACCUAUUAAGAAGUCUGAAGUAAUUUUUCUAAGGUCAAGGAGCUUGAUCUCCUAGAAUUUCAAGUUGUUGAUAAAGGAGUUGAGAUUCAAGACAACAAGAUGCAGAAGUAAAAUCUGAAGAAUCUCUAGACAAGAGGUUAGUUUCGAGUGACGUUUUUGAGGAAGUUGUGGAAGAUCAAGUCCACGGGUUAAGUCCAUCUGCUGGGUUUCAACUUUCAAGUAAGGUUUUUGGGUAAGUUGUGAGAUUGGUCUCGAGUGAGGUCUUUGGCCCUGUCAUUGGUAUCAUUCCACCUGUAUCCAUGGGAAUCGGCCAAUACCCAGCAGUAUCAAUUAUGUAUUUGAUUGUAUUGAAUCAAUAUUCAAUCAUUACAAUUGAAAAAACAAUCGACAUCGUGAUCCAUUUAGGGUCCGUUUGGUUGGCAAUUGGAAUCAGAGUCGGAUGGUCUAUUCCCAUAAUCUGUGAACAAAGAAUAGUCAUCUGUGGGCUGUUGGAAACUGUGCUCCUUGAGUUCAAUUGUGAAUUUUUCAAAUCACAUACGAGAGGCCUGUUUAAGGCCAUAUAAGCACAACCAACAAAUUUUAUAGGAAGACUUUUUCAAAUCCUUGCGAUAUGUGCAUGUAAACUUUUUCAUGGUGGUCUCCAUUCAAA